UUGAUCUUGAACGGAAUUACAUACCAAGCAGACAUCCUCCAGAGCACGAACCAUCGUCAGAGAAACUCGUGCUCUUUGAUUUUAUUCCUCGUAAGCUACAUUCCAUUUUCUGCUCAUAUAUCAGCGCCGUAUCUAACGUCGCGGACGUUAAUUAUAUUCGCGGACAUUUUACCGUAAACAACUGUAAAACCAAGUCAUUCGUCGCGUAGGUAUAAAAGGAAGAAGUAGGAGGAAACUUCCGUAUCUUCGGAGCUGCUGAGAAACGAAGGUAUCCAAAAGCUCUACGUUCGGUGAGCUCAGUUAGAGGUAGUUUCAGAGAAGCUUAAGAAUAUUGGAAAAACUGGGAUAAAUCAAGAAAUACAUCGAGAAUAAAAGAAUCGGGGAUAUCGAGGAAGAAUUUUGAAGAAAUCGAUCGACGAAGAUAUCAAAAAGCUACUUUCGAUAAAUCUACAGAUUUAUAAAAGAUCUACCUAGUCUUCGGAUUUCGGAGAAACUUAAGAAUAAAUUAAGAAAACUUGAAAAAGUCAAACAACGAAAAUAUCAGAACUCCACGUUCAAUAAAAUUACAAAUACUCUUCGGGGAAGUUGAAGAAGAAAUGCGUAAUCCAAGCACGCAGAAGAUUCUCAAAGACGAAGAAUGUUUCGAGAUAAUUCGUAAAAAACUUCACAAGGACUCGAUGGAGGAUUUCUCGCUGAUAACUUACGAGGUAGUCCCUAUAGACGAGGUAAACGGUUUCAUGGGCCAAUAUUUUACUUUAAAAGCUACCGUAGCCUCGCCGCAAUCGCCACUAGAAACAAAGAAUAUCAAUUUUUUCACGAAACUACCGCCACCAAUAACAAGUCCGCAGUACGAUUUUAUCCAACAAUAUGGUACAUUCAAGAAGGAAGUUGCUCUUUAUACGACAGUUUUCCCGGAGGUGUUAGAUGGUCUGGAUAAAAGAUAUAUUCCAGAGUGCUUCCUUGGUUUAGAAGAUGACGUAAUUGUUCUAGAAGAUAUGGCCCACAGUGGCUACGAAAUGCCCGAUAAAUAUAAACCGUUUGAUUUCGAACACUGCAAGAUUUUGAUGAAAACUCUGGCAAGAUUUCACGCGAAGUCUUUGAUUUUCGAAGAAUUGUACCAGAAGAGUCUGCACGACGAGUUCUCUCAUUGCAUGCAAGAGACACUUUGGCCUUUGACGGAUGGCAGAGCUAAAGCAAUGUUCAACGCUGCUGUAAAAGGCAUCGUUUCCCUGAUAGACUUGAUACCAAACUUGGAUGAGGAUCAGAAGAAGACGUUUAGCACAAAGGUUACUGACUUGUGCGUCGAUCAUGCGAAUAAAUUGCUGCCAUCGAUGAAACACAAGAAUGUACUAUGCCACGGAGAUCUUUGGGCGAAUAACAUCUUGUUUAAAUAUGACAUCGACGAGAAGCCUGCGGAGUGCUGUCUUAUCGACUUUCAACUUGCAAGAUACAAUCCUCCGGCCCACGAUAUCCUAUGUUUCCUUCAAUUCACAACAACACGGGAACUCCGCGAAAAACACAGCGAAGAAUUAUUCAAGAUCUACCACGAGUCAAUGGCGAAAGCUCUGGAAGAAGCUGGCUUAGACAUUUCCACCAUCUUCCCUUGGACCGAUUUUUCCGCAUCCAUCGAAGAUUUACGAGUCAUGUGUAUCACACACGGUGUCUUAAACAUUCCAAUUAUGUUAUUAGAACCUCGAGCCGCUAGCAAAUACUUCUCAGCCGAACCAGAACUUUUGGAGAACAUUCUAUAUGUAGACAGAACGCCUUUGGUUUGCAAGCAGGUAGAAGAUGUACCUCAAUACAGAGACAGAAUGAUGGACGCUUUGCUAGAAUUGUACGACCACGUAGCUGGUUAAAGAAACAAAAUUUGAUCAGACUGAAUCGACAUAACGGAUAUUAGAACUUCUAUUCACUGUAGGCAUCAGAGACACAACGCACCAACAUUAGUCGCUAACUUGGAAAGUAAGCGGCGAGCAUAGCGAAAGGUAGUUCCGAAAAUUGGUAAUAUCGACCAAUUUCAUGCAACUCAUUCGUAUAAUGCGGUAGGCAUAAUCACGGUGGCUUUUUUUAACAUUUCGCAGCUUUACUUUGAUAUAAUUCGAAUAAACAUUUGCUUAAUUUAGUAAAGAAUUAUUUAAUUAAAGAGAUUACAAGAAAAUUUUAUUAAUACGAUUUCAUUGUUCUGGAAGCUUAAAUAAUGCGGUAGGAAUGAUUUGGUGGUUUCUGAAUUUUUAUAAUUUAACAUUCAUAUGAACUUGAUAUUUUGCUAGAAAACGGAUUAUAUGCGUAUUAACCAAUUUAAUAGAGUUCAUUCCCUAUUUGAAAAAGAUAUUAUCAAUACGAAUCAUCCUAUUGAUGCUCCUUGAAGCUUAAAUAAUGAUAAAGGUAGAAAUAAUCAAGGUGGUUUUUAUAGUUCUGUAUUGACACGGCUUUAAUUUGCCUCGUGGAAGAACGAGGAAUAUUAGAAGAACGUUUGUUGGUACAGGACGAGCAAAGAUUAUCUAGUACUUACUUUGUUUCGUAUAACUAAAACAUAGCUAUGAUUACACAUAUUUCGUUGAUUCUAAAUUUUGAAAUGGGUAUUUAGUUGCUGAUGUUCGUCGUAAAAAAUUAUUCUAUUAUUGUACAGAUAAGGUAUUAAUAAACAGUAAUAACUACGUAGUUCUUAUCUCUUAAAAUAAAAUUAAUAUUAAUAAACAAGA